CCGCUGGGACGUUACGGACGUCUGCUGUGGGAAGGGAACCCAAAACACGGCUGGACACGGAGCACAGGGGCUGUGUAAGAGUUCCUCGUGUGAGCCUGACUGCGCCUGAACACUGACACUUCUGAGUUCAGCUCCUUAAAAUGGCAGAGGGAGAUGGAAAUGAAGAAGCCAUUAACUUGAACAGCUUCCAGAGUCACAGAGGGAAAGAUUGGAUAGACUGCAGGUACGAAGGUGUCCUGACAUUGGAUUCCUCGGAUGAAGAAUUACCUUUCCCGCUGGAAGCACCAGCAGAGCAGCAGCGUGAGGAAGAUGAUGAUGAUGUAGUCAUCUUGGAGGAGACCCCAAAGCAUCAGCAGCUUCCACGCCCCAAUGUCAUCAGACCUGCUGCUCAAUGGCAGUGUGCAAAUGCUGUGGGAGAAAGAGGAUCUAAAAGUGCUGUUGAGCCCUUGAGGAGCACAUAUCCUGAAGAUGUGAUCCCAGUUCUGUCCAGCCAGGGAGACCAGGAUAACCAUGUGGAGGAGAGCAGUGCUGGACCGAGCAAGGGUGAGAAUAUGAACUUUGAAUUGCAACAGCCCAGAUCAUCAGAGCUUAAUGGCCCUGGGUUUGAACUUACAAGUAACCAGGAGCCUGGUCCAAGUUUGCUUCCAGCAAUAACUACAAGCCCACAGCCUGUUGUUAACAAAGAAAUCAUUAUUCUGGAGGAUACAGACUUUCCACCACAACAGGAAGAAAAGGUGGAAACCCAGGGAAAGGACUUGGAGCCCGAGCAAAACCUCAGAGAACCAGCUGAUGCGGGUCCUGCAGAGCAGGAGAUCCAUGAGGAUCAUCCACAUGUCCAGCCAUCUGAAGGAGAGCCACAUGCUGUAGUAAAUAGUUGUGCUCCUCAGCAAGGGCAGCCUGAAGCAGACCCAGGAUCUUUAAGGGCAUAUGGAGAGAAGGCUCCUGGGCCGGUCUUCCCACGACCUGAACCACAGCAGGAUGGGAUUCCAGGUCCUGCUUCACCCCAGCCAGCACAUCCACCAGAAGAAACGGGUCCACAGGCAGCAGUAGACAAUGAACAGCCAGGUCCAGCAUUCCCUGCACAGGGCUGCCAGGAACUUGGCUCUAGUAACGUUCCAGAGCAAGGAGCUGCUGGGCAGGACCAGGACCUCACCGCACAGCUCAUCAGAGAGACAGAAGCAAGAUUCCCAGAUGUGAAGGAGGACUACAUUGAAGAGCUCAUCAUCAUCAGGAACUGCUGUGACUUAAAUGUGCUUUGUAACUUCCUUCUGGAGAAUCCAGAUUACCCAAAGAAGGAAGGCAGAGUGGUUUUAAAUCCCAGCAGCAGCCUGCUUCCCAGCCAAGAUGAGACAAAGGUGCCUAAAGUGGACUACUUUGACUUCUUCAAGCUCGCCCCACUGGAUCAGCGGUGCUUUAUUCAGGCAGCUGACCUCCUUAUGGCAGACUUCAAAAUGCUCAGCAGCCAAGACAUUAAGUGGGCACUACGUGAACUGAAGGGACACUAUGCAAUCACACGAAAGGCCUUUUCAGAUGCUAUCAAAAAAUGGCAGGAGCUGUCUACUGAAACCAGUGGGAAACGGAAAAGGAAGAAAGAGAUGAAUCAGUAUUCAUAUAUAGACUUCAAAUUUGAGCAAGGGGAUGUGAAAAUUAAGAAGCGCAUGUUCUUCCUGGAGAACAAGAGGCGGCACUGGAGGUCCUAUGACAAGCGCUCCCUUCUGCCACUGGUGCUACGGGAGCAGGAAUUCUAUGAGCAGAAAGUGAAAGAGAUGGCAGAGCAUGCAGACUUCCUCCUUGCUCUGCAGAUGAAUGAGGAGCAGUAUCAGAAGGAUGGGCAGAUGAUAGAGUGCCGCUGUUGUUAUGAGGACUUUGCAUUUGAGAAGCUGACUCAGUGUGCAGAUGGUCACUUGUUCUGCAAGGAGUGCCUAAUUAAAUAUGCUCAGGAGGCAGUCUUUGGCUCUGGGAAGUCAGAGCUCAGCUGCAUGGAAGGCAGCUGCACGUGUUCAUUCCCCACCAGCGAGCUGGAGAAGGUGCUUCCAGAGAACAUCCUCAACAAAUACUAUGAGCGGAAAGCUAAGGAGGAGGUGGCUGCUGCUUGUGCAGAUGAGCUUGUCAGGUGUCCGUUCUGCAACUUCCCAGCUCUACUGGACCAUGAUGUGAAGCGGUUCAGCUGCCCCAAUCCCCGCUGCAGAAAGGAAACAUGUCGGAAUUGCCAAGUGCUGUGGAAGGAGCACAUGAACCUCACCUGCGAGCAGCUGGCUGAGAAGGAUGAAAUCAAAUACAGGACAUCUGUAGAAGAGAAAAUGACAGCAGCCCGGAUUCGAAAGUGCCACAAGUGUGGCACCAGCCUCAUUAAAUCGGAGGGUUGCAACCGCAUGUCCUGCCGCUGCGGUGCUCAGAUGUGCUACCUCUGCCGGGUUGCCAUUAACGGGUACGACCACUUCUGCCAACACCUCCGCUCUCCUGGCGUUCCCUGCCAUGACUGUGACAAGUGCUCGCUCUGGACAGAUCCCACAGAAGACGAUGAGAAGAUAAUCCAGGAGAUUCAGAAAGAGGCCGAAGAGGAGCAGAGGAAGAAAAAUGGAGAGAAGAGCUUCAAGCGGAUCGGCCCUCCUGUAGAAAAGCCCGUGGAGAAAAUCCAGAGGAUUGAAGUCAUCCCCAGACCCGUUCCUCAGAACCUCCAUCAGCCCCGGAUGUGCCCCUACCCCUUCAUGCACCCUCCUUUCCAGCUCCCUCCCGUCCGCCCCCUGUACAAUAACAUCCCGCUCCACAUCCGCCCUGUCCCUGCUCCCUACGUGCCCCCAUUACCCAACAUGAGGGUGAACUUUGACUUCCCCCAGAUCAAUGCUCGGCGGGAGCACAACUUGCCUAUGCACUUUGGCCCUCAGCCUCGCCAGCAGUUCUGACCUGCUUCAAACAGCACUUGACAUAGUCACUGCAGGGCAAAGCCGCCCUAUAACAUCACCCCCCUUCCUUCUCCAGCUCCUCUUGGAUUAUCCAGCUGCCAGGGGACCCCUGAGUCGCCUGUCUUUGCACUGUAUCCCUCUCUAGAGCUUCUCUGAACCUUUGCAGUUCCAACCUGUGCUGCAACAGGCCUUGGUGCUGCAUUUCCCAAGGGAUCUCUCCCUGUGCUGGGCAUCCGGGUGAUUGUGAUUUGACAAAGCCUCUUCAGGCAGCUGUUGGGAGGGGAAGUGACACUUUGUGGAGCGCAGGGAUGCAGCCAUUCCUUGGGGACUUCCCAAAUAUCCUUCUUUCCUGCUGGCUGGAGCAGCUGCUGCGCAAAGUGAGGCUGGGGGUAAAGAGGGAGACUGCAUCUGAGUAAGACCUAC